UUGGCAUCAGCUGCUGUGGUCCUAGACCUAGAGAGAGGAUACAGUAGAUACUGUUGAAGAGGACUACUCGGGCGGCACGGGAAAGCAAAGGAAAUAAGAAACACCGCCGAUAAAUAUAAACGGACACGUCGGAGCACACAGUACAUACGUUAAACAUUUUCAACUUACAAUCUUGUUUCUCUGGUCAAGACGUCCCGACUAAGAGCUCACGAAAGAGGAGAUGAUAUGUUGACCCAGACCCGGCUUCUGCUCAGACUGCCCCAGUGUAGUAGGGUGUGGAGUGUGGACCGAGGCCCAUUCAGCUGACACUGUAACACACACCGUGGGCUGUGGAGCUGGAGUAGGAGGGAGGUACAUCGGAAGGAGCGAUGGAGAGAACAGAGAAGGAGAGGUGGAGGGAGGCAGAGAGAACAGGAGCCCAGUGGAUCAACCGUGGGGAGGAGGAGGAGAUGGAGGUGUGUGGGUUCGUGCCGUGCGCUUGGCGGCUGUGUGUGCUGGCUCUGGGCUGCGUGCUGUCGGGGGGUCUGCUGGCUCUGCUGCUGCUCUGGGUCCCCCAGUGGAGCGUCCGCUGGGCGUGCGUGCCUGCGCCCCUCCACCUGGCGUCUGUCCUGCUGCUGCGCACCACUGAUGAGUUUGGCCAGUAUUUCCGGGUUUGGGUGCAGACACUGCAGGUUCCUGGGGUGGACCCCCUUGGGCUGGGUGCAGCAGGAGAGGGGGCAGAAGUGGGACAGAGCUUUAGCAAGGGACCGCUGGAGAGUACACAACCUCAACAGGUGCGGUACUUCUGCCUGCAGUCGGUGGUGUAUGUGUGGAGCGCUGGGUCUCAGGGCUUCGCCCAGCUCACUGCUCUGGACUGUGGCAUCCCUGUGAGAGACUUCUACUGCCGGCAUAGCGCUGGACUUCCGCCAAGCACACAGCAGUAUAGGAGGCUGUUCUAUGGAAUCAAUCAGAUUGAAGUGAAAGUGCCUUCUAUUCCCAAGCUACUCAUCAAGGAGGUGCUCAACCCUUUCUAUAUCUUCCAAGUCUUCAGUGUUAUUCUCUGGUCUCUGGACGAUUAUUAUUACUACGCCUCAGCUAUCUUAAUGAUGUCACUGCUAUCUGUCUGUACCUCACUGUAUACUGUGCGUAAGCAAUACAUCCUUCUCCAUGACAUGGUGUCUGCCCACAAUGUGGUGAGGUGCACCAUCUACAGAGGAGACCAGGACACUGAGGAGAUCCUUUCCACUGACCUCGUACCUGGUGAUGUCAUGGUAAUCCCAGCCAAUGGCAUGAUGAUGCCCUGUGAUGCAGCUUUGAUAGGCGGGACUUGCAUCGUCAAUGAGAGCAUGCUGACUGGGGAGAGUGUGCCAGUGACCAAGACCCAAUUGCCACUGCCUCCCUGUGGUGGUGGCCCAGAUGGUGCCCUCCCAGAGCCUCUGUAUGACCCAGAAGAACAUCGAAGACACACCCUCUUCUGUGGUACGCAGGUCAUCCAGACACGCUACUACAGCGGAGAAAGGGUGCGAGCUGUGGUCAUCCGUACAGGGUUCUGCACAGUGAAGGGUCAGCUGGUCAGGUCCAUCCUGUACCCGAAGCCAUCUGACUUCCGGCUCUACCGAGAUGCCAUUCGCUUCCUGCUGGGGCUGGUGUGCGUGGCAGCCGGGGGCAUGGCCUACUCCAUCUACAUCAGCGCUUCCAUGGGGGAGUCAGUGGGCCGGAUCCUCGUGGAGGCCCUGGACAUCAUCACCAUCACGGUGCCGCCAGCGCUGCCUGCUGCCAUGACCGCUGGGAUCGUGUAUGCCCAGCACCGGCUCCGGCAAAAGGGCAUCUUCUGCACCAGCCCCCAGAGGAUCAACACGAGCGGUCAGAUCAACCUGGUUUGCUUUGACAAGACUGGCACUCUGACUGAGGAUGGCCUUGACCUGUGGGGAGUCCAGAGAGUUCAGGACAGUAGGUUCGGUCCUCCAGAGCAGGAGGUGGCGACAGAGGGCCAGUCUCAUUCUCCCUUCCUGGUAGCCAUGGCUUCCUGCCACUCCCUGACCCGCAUUGAGGGACAGUUGACUGGGGACCCCCUUGAUAUCAAGAUGUUUGAGGCCACAGGCUGGGUUCUGGAGGAGCCCAGCCCUGAUGAGACCUCAAACCAUGACCUCAUCAUGCCCACUGUGGUCCGGCCCGCUAAACCUUCCCCCCUGGAAACGCCCCCAUGUCAGGAGCAGGACCCGGAUAUCAGAGAACUGAUGGGGCGAUACGAGGUGGGGGUGCUGGCUCAGUUCCCGUUCUCCUCGGGCCUGCAGCGCAUGAGCGUGGUGACCCGCGUCCUGGGGGAGCGCAGGCUCAGGGCCUACCUGAAGGGGGCGCCGGAGACCGUGGUCCGCCUGUGCCGCCCGGACACGGUGCCGGCGGACUUCUGGGAGGUGCUGGACGGUUACACCCGGCAGGGUCUGAGAGUGAUCGCGCUGGCUCAUCGGCAGCUCGAACCCAAGUUCACCUGGCACCGCCUGCAAACCAUCAGCCGUGAGGUGAUCGAGUGUGAGAUGGAAUUUCUGGGUCUGCUGAUGCUGCAGAAUAAACUGAAGCCCCAGACAGUGCCCGUGCUGGCCGAGCUCCACCGAGCCAACAUCCGCACCGUCAUGGUAACAGGGGACAGCAUGCUGACGGCGGUCUCCGUGGCGAGGGAGUGCGGUCUCAUCCCGCCCCACUCGCAGGUGAUCAUCACCGAGGCCCAGCCCCCCCGGGAGGGGCAGCCGGCCACCGUGUCCUGGAGCUACAGCCAGGACAGCCCCCGCGCCCAGCGCCAGGAGAGCCGGGUCAGCGUGGGCCCGCAGCAGCCCCACGCCCUGCCCAGCUACCACUUCGCCAUGAGCGGCCGCACCUUCGCCAUCAUCCUGGAGCACUUCUCCGAGCUGCUGCCCAAGUUAUUGCUGUGUGGGACGGUCUAUGCCAGAAUGGCCCCUGACCAGAAGACACAGCUUGUGGAAGAGCUGCAGAAAGUAGACUAUUAUGUGGCAAUGUGUGGAGAUGGAGCCAAUGACUGCGGGGCCCUAAAGAGAGCCCACACAGGGAUCUCUCUCUCAGAGCUGGAGGCCUCUGUGGCCUCUCCCUUCACCUCUCGAACCCCAGACAUCUCCUGUGUGCCACACCUCAUACGGGAGGGAAGGGCAGCUCUAGUGACGUCAUUCUGUGUGUUCAAGUUCAUGGCCCUCUACAGCAUUAUCCAGUACCUGUGUGUGCUGCUCCUCUAUUCUAUCCUCAGUAAUAUGGGAGAUUCUCAGUAUCUGUUCAUUGACAUCGCCAUCAUCAUGUCUUUGGCUUUUACCAUGAGUCUGAGCCCUGCCUGGAAAGAGUUAGUGGCACAGCGCCCCCCCUCCUCCCUCCUCUCUCCCUCUCUUCUGCUCUCUGUCAUCGGGCAGAUCUUACUGGCUCUCUCCUUCCAGACAGCCACCUUCCUGCUGGCCCACACAUACUCCUGUGAAUCUGCCCAGAAUGAGACUCACCCCUCUGAUUGGCUGGCUGGGAACCUAUCAACGAUGACAGCCAAUGGGAGUGGGGUCCUGAUGAGCGAGGAAGAUGAAGACGAGUCUCACAAUAUCCAGAAUCUGCAGAAUACCAGCCUUUUCUUCGUAUCUGGCUGCCAGUACCUCACUGUGGCGCUGGUCUUCAACAGAGGACCUCCAUUCAGACAGCCCCUCUACAACAACUAUCUGUUUGUGCUGUGCAUCCUGUCCUCCUAUUGUUUCUUGAUUGUCAUACUGCUGUAUCCUGUACCAGCUCUGCAGGACUUUUUCGAGCUGGUCUGUAUACCUAUGGAGUGGCGGUUGACCUUGCUGGGCCUGAUCAUUGUCAACUUGAUCCUGUCCUUCACGCUGGAGAGCAUCAUCAUUGACUGCAAGGAGAUAUGGCAGAGGCAUUGCACUGGUCAAAAGCUCCACACCGAGACACACGCUGACACGCACUGCCCACAGAUGGAAGUGGACGGAAUGUCACUGCAGCGCAGUCCCCAUGGUAGCUGUUGCCACAGGUCCCAUCCUCCCAGGGCCCGGUACCAGCGUCUGGCCCAAGAGCUCCUACUGGAUCCUAGCUGGCCUCCCCACCCUAGCACUAAAAUAAAACCCCCCAGCUGCCCUGAAAAUAGCAUUGUGCAAGGCCAGGCACCUCAGACAACUCCACUCUGACUAACUAUGGUAAUGGAGACUGGACAGAACCACGGAAAGUGGCAAGGGUUUAAAUCUUUUCUUAAUUGUGCUUGUGAUUCAGUUUUAGUGGGAGUGACUAUAUUUGAUUUGUAUCCUUACUGAUAUUGUGCAAAAAACAACCCCUAAGAUCCUGUCAAAUUAAAUGAAAGGAAAGCACCUUUACAUCUAGACAACAAUUUCAGUAAGCAAGUGAACUUUUGUGCCAAAUCAUUCCUCUAUGUAGAUUCAUCUGGCCAUCAGUAUUUAAUGUGAAUAGGAGGGUAAUCCCUGCUGCUGCAGUAACACAAUAUGUGUGUGUGUGUGUGUGUGUGGGAGAGAGAGAGAGAGAGAGAGUGAACAAAUGAAUGAAACUGAAAAAGAACAACGGCAAUCCUUACUAAAUUUAAAACUAAAUGUAAACAGUGUUAGUUCUCAUACAUCUGUCAUUGCCAUCCAGAUGUGUCUGAAUAAUUCUGUAAUAGUGAAUGUAGGGGAAGAGGUAGAUUUGAAACUAUUGUGUAUUUACAGUUAUUUAUAUAACUGAAACACAGCACAGUUUUGUAGUGUGAUUUUCUUAAGAUAUUCAGAGUGGUUUUCACUUUAAAUCAGCAUUUCUGUUGAACAGACUUGCUUCUUAAAUAUGUUCUCCUGGUUGCUUUAAACAUGUUUAUUUUUAGCAUGUACCAGUAUGUAUAUUUGGGCAAACAUGCAAUCUAAUAUAUGUAUAUGUAUAUAGGAAGGCCUGAUAUGGCAUCAAUAAAUUUGUAUCUUAUGAACCAA